AUGUUUAAUUGUUACAAGAGUCUACCGAGAAGUUUGGUUUUUCGAAGAGCAUACCGGGUUUUAGCGAUUGAAACGUCAUGCGAUGAUACCUGUGUAGCGAUUUUGGAUCGUGGGACAAAGGAUAGGCCAGCCGACGUGCUGUGCCAUUUGAAGUCCACUUUAGACAGCGUAGAGUAUGGCGGUGUUAUACCGACCCGUGCGCAUGAGCAUCAUCAGAAAAAUAUAGCAUCAGUGGUCAAGUCUGCACUAAAGACCACGAAAUCACAGAAUAAGAUCGAUUUGGUAUGUGCUACUAGGGGUCCCGGGAUGCCAGGAUCGUUAUCUGUGGGACUAGACGUUGGAAAAGCCCUCUCUGUUGCAUGGGACAAACCGUUCAUUGGUGUUCACCAUAUGUUAGGCCAUUUGUUGAUACCGAGACUCGAGACUGAUGGUUUGAAACCUCAGUACCCGUUUAUAACGUUACUUGUCAGUGGUGGGCAUACAAUGUUGGUACUUUCAACUGAUGUUGAUAAACACGAGAUUCUAUGUGAUACUAUAGACAUAGCUAUUGGGGAUUCUUUGGAUAAGACUGCAAGGGAGUUGGGAAUAAAAGGUAACAUGAUUGCUAAGGAAAUGGAAUCCUUCAUAAACGAGGAAGAUAUCAAUGUGGUAAGGGCAGGUAUUACAUCAGUAAAACCCAUGAGAUUGCCUACGCCACUAAAGAACCAGAAUGGGAGGAUGAACAUGCAGGCUUUUUCAUUUUCACCCUUUUUGACGGCAGUGAGACAGCAUCUCUCACAACCCAUCGGCGAAUACACGGCGGAAGAAAGAAGAUAUAUGGCUUAUCAAGUACAGGAAAGCAUCUUUAACCAUAUAAUAACUAAACUCAACCUUGUUCUCAAGUUAAAUUCUAAAAGGCUCUCCAAUGUCAAACAUUUUGUGUGUUCAGGUGGGGUGGGCGCCAAUAUGAGACUUCGUCAUCGGCUAGAGACAGAUUUGAUACGUAAUUUUGAUUCUUUCCAUUAUCCAAAACUAGAGUACUGUACGGAUAAUGCUGUGAUGAUAGGAUGGGCUGGAAUUGAACUUUAUGAGUCGCUUGGACUUACCUCAGAUUUAUCUGUUACACCUAUCAGAAAAUGGCCACUAACAGACAUCUUGAAUGUUCCUGGAUGGAUAAUGAAAACUCAGUAUUGA